AUGGGCACCCAUACGAUUCAUCGUGCUAUCGGUCAUCGUGAUCCACUGUCGUUUCCUCGGUUUGAAACAGAUGAAACGUUUAAUGGAAAAGUUCAAACUCAGAAACAUCCAUAUACUACACAAACUCAUGAAGCUCACCGAGAUGAACCAUGGAAUCGAUUAUAUUCAACCGCCACACUUUCCAGUGGGCGACAUGAAAUUUAUACAACCGAUCCAAAAGCGCCAAAUGAUAGUCUCGAUUUUUUACUAAAAACCACUUAUGAUCAACAUCAAGAAACCUUUGCGAAUAAAGCAAAAACAUGUGUACAGAAAGAGACAGUCUCUGAUGAUCACGGUCGCAUAUUGAAAAAUAGAAUCGUUUACAAAGCAGUAGUGCCACCUGAAUUAAACCAUCCGCUAAGAAUAGCUGAAAAUGAGCGUAAAGAGCAUAUUGCCGAACCAAAACAAGCGAUACGCUUUUUAGGAGGUGUCUGGAAACCCUACAAUUCGCGAUCAGCCUAA